AUAUGGAUGUUAACAGGAGAUAAACUGGAGACGGCGACUUGCAUCGCAAAAAGUUCUCACUUAGUGUCUAGGACUCAAGAUAUUCACAUUUUCAGACCUGUUACGACUCGAGGAGAGGCUCACUUAGAACUAAAUGCCUUUAGGAGGAAGCAUGACUGUGCCUUGGUGAUCUCUGGGGACUCACUUGAGGUUUGUCUGAAGUAUUACGAGCAUGAAUUUGUAGAGCUGGCUUGUCAGUGUCCUGCUGUAGUGUGCUGCCGAUGUUCUCCCACCCAAAAAGCUCAUAUUGUGAAACUGUUACAGCACCACACUGGGAAACGCACGUGUGCAAUAGGUGAUGGAGGAAAUGAUGUCAGCAUGAUCCAAGCAGCAGACUGUGGAAUUGGAAUUGAAGGCAAGGAGGGAAAACAAGCUUCCCUAGCAGCUGACUUUUCUAUCACCCAGUUUAAACACAUAGGUAGGCUGCUGAUGGUACAUGGUCGAAACAGUUACAAAAGAUCAGCAGCACUUGGUCAAUUUGUCAUGCAUCGAGGCCUUAUUAUUUCAACUAUGCAGGCUGUAUUUUCAUCAGUCUUCUAUUUUGCAUCUGUUCCCUUGUACCAAGGAUUCCUAAUGGUAGGGUAUGCAACCAUAUAUACUAUGUUUCCAGUCUUCUCUCUAGUGUUGGAUCAGGAUGUGAAGCCAGAAAUGGCAUUGCUAUAUCCAGAACUUUAUAAGGAUCUCACUAAGGGAAGAUCUUUGUCAUUUAAGACCUUCCUCAUCUGGGUUUUAAUCAGUAUUUACCAAGGUGGUAUUCUGAUGUACGGAGCGCUGCUGCUUUUUGAAUCUGAAUUUGUACACGUCGUUGCCAUUUCCUUCACUGCCCUCAUCUUGACUGAGCUCUUGAUGGUUGCACUGACCAUACGAACGUGGCACUGGUUAAUGGUGGUGGCUGAAUUCCUCAGUCUUGGCUGCUAUGUGGCCUCUCUUGCAUUUCUAAAUGAAUACUUUGGUAUAGGCAGAGUGUCUUUUGGAGCUUUCUUAGAUGUUGCCUUUAUCACAACUGUGACCUUCCUGUGGAAAGUGUCAGCAAUCACUGUUGUAAGCUGUCUUCCACUUUACAUUCUCAAGUACUUGAAGCGCAAAUUUUCUCCUCCGAGUUACUCCAAGCUUACCUCAUAAAAAUAAUUAUAUUCCUAUGGUUUUUCACUUAACACUAGUCUGCAAAUUGCACAUUCACUGUGCUUUAGUGUCUACGGAUUUAUGUUGGACUAAAGAAAUUUAAAAAAAAAAUAUAUAUAUAUCAAGAGUGAUAGAAUGAAUAGAGCACAAAAAGAGGAGGAAACAUCUGACAGGUACAAUAACACAGAAGUACACUAACAAGACUAUCAGAGAUAAACUAAAUAUUCUUCACGUUGAUUUUUUUUUUUUUUUUACUUUCAGUUGCUAUGAUUCUAAAAUAAAACUGAAUUACCUUUGAUUUAACAAAGCUUCUGAAUGAUUUCGUUGCUACUGUAAAUGAUUUUUUCCUACUGUAAAUGAUUUUUUCCUACUGUGCUGAUCUUCUGCCAGUUUAAUUGAAAGUUUCGUUAUUUAUUACAUAACUUCCCUUCUUUAAUUAUUACAUAACUUCCUAAUUCAAGUCCUUUCCUUUCAUGUUUAUAUAUGGAAAAGUUGAUUCGUCCAUACUCUACUAUAACAAACCUAAUUAAUACCUGUAAAUGCCCGUGUCUGUAUUAGCAGCUGUUAUUCCUCAUCAGACAUUGAGUAAUAUGCACUAUUUGGAUUAUGUACAGAUGUCUGCAUAGCACAGUAUUAUUUUAGGAGCUGUUGUCCUAUGCUGUACUCUCAGUUUCUGGCACCAGUGAAUAUUACAGAUCCGUGACGUUGACAGCAGUUCUUUAAAUGCACAUGACAGCCAGGUUGCACAAAAGCUGUUUAAAAAUUAAAUGCUAAAUUCUGUACAUAAUUCCACUGCACCUAUUGAUCUGUACAGAUAUCAAAGACGUGGCUGCUCAGUAAAUAUGUUUUCAAAUUCUUAUUCAUUUUGUAUUUGUAAAGCUGCAAAUAGUGUCAAAGUACAUUUCUAUAUAUGAGAAGUCCAGUAAACCUUGUAUUAGCUAAUAUGUUUAAAUUGCCUUGU